AUGUCAUCUGCAGCCCAGAGCCAACCGGAGCCUGUCCCUGAGGCGGCCGGCCCUGAGCCUCCCGCCCCCGUGCCCGGCCCCGAUGCCAAAAAGGUCAUAGAUGAAUGCGAGAAGCAGAAAGCAGAGAAGAAGGAGGAUGCCCAGCCUGAACCAAACGCGGAGGGCACUGCGUCGGCUUCGGAGCCCAAGCUUCCCCCUCUGUCACCCGCUGAGUUCAAGACCUACAAUCGCCUUGCACAGCAGAUGGAUUACUUCCACGAACACUUCCGACGAUCCUGGAACCUCCUAUACAACGCUUGCUCCUCCGGCCGGCGGCCAGCCAACAUGUCGCUCAAGCAGUUCAUCGACGAGGGCUUGCACUUCACCCAGUACCUGACGGCGCACCACAACAUCGAGGAGACGUACCUGUUUCCCCUGCUGGCGCGCAAGAUGCCCGAGUUCAAGAGCGGGCCGGGCAAGGGCGCCGCCGAGCUCCUGCGCCAGCAUCGGGAGAUCCAUGCCGGCAUGGAUGUCUUUGAAGACUACCUGCGGCGGUGCCGCAACCGCGAGACCGAGCUCGAGAUGAGCGUGCUAAAGGAGAAGAUGGAGACCUGGGGUGCUGUCUUGUGGAAGCACCUCGACCAGGAGGUCAAAACGCUCGGCGCCGAAAACAUGCGCAAGUACUGGAGUAUAGAGGAGGUGCGGUCUCUCCCGAUAUAA